UUUCCUUUCUCUUUCUACAGAAUAACACAGUAUGGGAGUCAGAUCCUUGUACGUUAUGUUCCUGCCUUGGGGAGAUCAUCUCAUGUACACCCAAACAGUGUCGGAAUCCAGAAUGUGACUUCACAAGGGGUGAGAUUCUGAGAAUAUCAGCGAAUAAAUGCUGUCCGGAGUGUGCCUCUGGAGCAGGAUCGUGUGAAUAUCAGGGAGAAAUAGUUGGGCAUAAUUCUCAGUGGAGCCCAUCGCCUUGUUCAACAUGCUACUGUAUAAGUGGUCAGGUGACGUGUCGGAACCAAACCUGUCCCAGCAUGCAGUGCAGAGCGGGUGAGGUGUUAUACCAAUCCGAGGGAGAGUGCUGUCCCAGCUGUAUUAGAUCAGGAAGAACCUGUACUGAUAGAGGGGUCAGCUAUCAUGACGGGGAACAGUGGUCACCAGUCAAAUGUGCAAAGUGUGCAUGUAAUAAUGGCCAGUCACAGUGCUACGUAGCAGAUUGCCCAACAUUAACUUGUUCUCAGGAUGAAGAAGCAGUAGUCUCAGAAGGGAAGUGCUGUCCAGAGUGUGUGGGGCGAUCAUGUGUAGUAGAUGGGGCUGUCUAUCAGGAUGGUGCAUCAUGGAAGAGCGGGGUGUGUACCCACUGCCUCUGUAAAAGCGGUUCAGUCAGCUGUGUAGAUGAGACUUGUGUGGACAACCUUCCCUGUGCACCUGGAGAGAAAAGGAUACGAAGAGAUGUGCAGUGCUGUUCAGAAUGUGUAUCAACAGAAGCUACCUGCGAGGCUGAUGGAGUACGGUGGUAUACAGGUGACAUGUGGAAUGUUACGGACUGCGAGUUCUGUUUCUGCCAAGAGGGUCUGAUAGCCUGCUAUCCAGCAGAAUGUGCCAGGACGGAAUGCAGAGAGGGUGAGACGUUACUACACAAGCAAGGCCGAUGCUGCCCAGAAUGCCACAUAUCACAGGGAUACUGCAUACAUAAUAGGAUAACAUAUUCAGCUGAUGAAACCUGGCAGCCUGAUCCUUGCAGGACGUGUAACUGUAUGGAUGGGGCAGCCAGCUGCUUCAGGGUCGACUGCCCACCUUGCCCCGUCGGGACGGUGCCUCAGACCAACCCCCAGACGUGUUGCCCUCAGUGUGUUGUAGUGCAAUGUCCUUUAGAAUGUAUGUCUUGUGAUGGCACCGGCUGUACGUCAUGUCGUCAGGGAAGACUUUUACAAGAGGGUCAGUGCGAGACGUCCUGUAGACCGGGCUACUUCAAGGCCUCUGAGACAGAAUGCCAAGUCUGCCACGAGAGUUGUUCCAUGUGCUCCGGGGGAACCGAAUACCACUGCACUGCAUGCAGGGAAGGCGAUCUGCUCAAGUGGGGACGCUGUGUCAGCGACUGCGGACCGAGCUUCUUCCAGUUUGAUACGACAUGUCAAGAAUGCAAUGCCAGCUGUGCAGCUUGUACAGGCCCCAAGGCAUCGGACUGUGUUACUUGUUCUAACUCAAGUCACAUGAUACAAGAUAACAGAUGUGUGCCGGAGUGCGGUCGACGAUCCUACCGCAGAGAGAACCACUGCUAUCCCUGUGACCCGUCGUGUCAGCUGUGCUUUCUGGACAGUCCAUGGUGUGUGACCUGCCCUAGGAAUAACUUCCUGCAGGAUGGGGUCUGUGUCAGUGAGUGCAGUCUGGGAUACUAUCAAUCAGGGAGUGGGCACUGUGAAGCUUGUUCCUUGGCAUGUCUAGCUUGCAAUGGACCAGGAAUUGACCAUUGCACUCAAUGUCCAGGCCAGUCUGUCCUCAUGAAUGGCUACUGUUUAUCCAACUGCACUGCUGGCACCUACACCCAAGCCGGACAAUGUUUAGACUGUGACUCCUCCUGCCAUCAAUGCGAAGGUCCAAACCCAGCUGACUGUACAUCGUGCAGGGCAGCUACAGAGAUGGUGCAGAGCAGACCACCUUUCAGGGGUCAGGUCCAAGGGGCAUGUUCACCCACCUGCAUCGAGGGAUACUUCCCAAGUGCAAAUGGGAUCUGCCUACCUUGUAACCCAUCCUGUCUGGCCUGUUCUGAUUCUCUCAUCGAUGCCUGUCUGUCCUGCCGAUCUCCGUUAAUCCUGAACCACGGAUACUGCGUAAGAAGCUGCAACGAGAGGCAGGUCGAUGUUGGUGGGAUAUGUGUCGAGUGUCAUCCGAGCUGUGCAACCUGCAGUGGACCCGACUCUAACCAGUGUGCCACCUGUAACGGUCCUGACUCCCUAGAGAGGGGCAUCUGUGCCCCCGGGUGUGGCUCAUCUGAGUACCCAGGCUCUCUGGGAUUAUGUCAAGAGUGCAACUUGGAGUGCGGCACCUGUUUCGCCAAUCCCGAGGGCCAGGGUAGUAGAUGCACCCAGUGUUCCGGUGGAGGGGGUAGCAGCCAGUAUCCCCUGGGGGACACCUGCGUGUCCGAUUGUGGCACCGGGUUCUAUCUGGAUCCAUCCGGCAUGUGCAGAGAAUGCCAUUCAUCCUGCAGGACAUGCACUUCACCAGGUGUCUUUGACUGCUCUUCCUGUCACGCUGGUCAUGUCCUAACACACACCAACAUGUGCUCCAUGGAGUGCCAUGGGGGUUACUUCAAUGAUGGUGGGAUAUGCAAAGCAUGUCACCUGGAUUGCUUGGAGUGUGUGAGCGCCUUUGAGUGUCUCGUCUGCCGAGAUCCUUCUGACGUGCUCCAGUUUGGAGAAUGCUCCUCCGUCUGUGCUGACCAGUACUACCUGGAUCCUGUCACGAGGCUCUGCAGAGAGUGUGACUGGAGCUGUAACUCCUGCAAUGGUCCAGGACCCAACGACUGCACCCAGUGUAUGGAUAGUCUGAAGCUUAGGGAUGGGUCCUGUGUCACGACGUGUGGAGACAGCUACUAUGAGAACAGGGGAGAAUGCCGAGAAUGCGGAGACGAGUGCCUGACCUGUCGAGGGUCUGGUGUCUGUACAUCUUGCCAACCUCCACGUCUUCUUCUAGAUACACAGUGUGUAAUGCUAUGCCCUGUGGGAUACUACAGUGACUAUGGCACACACACAUGUAUAGAAUGUUCCCAGGGCUGUGUAGCUUGUGCCACGCCCAUUGAGUGUGUGACCUGUAUGCUCGGUACCUUCCUACUGCGAAGCCAGUGUGUGGAAGAUUGCGGAGACGGUUACUAUGCCAACCCUCUCAAUAACGUCUGUGAAGCUAACGUCUACCCACCAUCACUAUAUGUGAACGGCUCCAUCACAACCGGUAUUGGAGGCAUCCAAGUCUUAGACACAUCUUUCUUCACUGCCUUCGAUCCCGACACUAGCAACAGCAACCUCCUCUUCAUCCUCAUCAGCCCUCCAACGAAUGGCGAACUGGUCAAGAUCGAUCGUGGGAACAGCAUCGUCAUGGAAGCUCGCGAUACUUUCACCUACCCCGAGCUUCUCGCUGGUGAAGUGAGGUACACGCAUAACGCAAAGAGCACCCUGCACGGGUUCGUCACCAUAAAAGUCAGCGAUCGCAUGUUCUUCUCGGAACCGGAGGACGUUGGGAUUGUUAUCGUCUCGCCGCACGCGCCGUACGUCACCCGCAACGAGCCUCUCGUCGUCAUCGAAGGCGAGAUUGGGCAGCUUUCGUCGGGACAGAACCUCCAGAUCCACGAUGACGAUAACGCGGACAUGGUGGUCAUCUCGGUCAUCGACGGUCCGAAACACGGGAAGUUGAUCCGUCUCCCGGAUAGGUCAAGACUUCGGCAGUUCGGCCUAGAGGAUCUGAGGAUGGGCCACAUCAACUACGUCCAUGACGGGAGCGAAACGGAAUAUGAUGUCAUCGUCUUGCAAGUUUCAGAUGGUCAUAACAUCCUCAAUGUGCUCUUCAAUAUCCACAUUAUACCUAGGGAUGACCGUGGACCGAUAUUGGUGAACAAUAUUCAGGGGUCGGUGAGAGAGGGCGGUCUUCUGCUCAUUUCCAGCGAUCACCUACGAGCUCAAGAUAUUGACUCUUCAGACUCUGAACUCAUUUACACUCUUACUCCUCCCACCAACAACCCAAGGCAUGGUUACAUUGUGAUGGUGGUCCCGGUCACCCAGGGAGGAGUGGCCGAUGGUUGGACUGACCUUGGUAACGGUGUGAUGGAGAGGCGCAUGAUGACCUUCCUGCAGAGGGACAUUGACCAGGGCUAUAUCUACUACAAGAACUCCGGGGCCGAGGCCUUCUCAGACUUCUUCAUGUUUGAGGUGUCCGAUUCAGCUGAGCCGCCCAACGUCCUGACAGGCCAGGUGUUCAACAUUGAGAUCAUGCCCAGUAACGACGAGCCACCCAGGCUGGAGCCAAGGGUUACUCCACCUCUAGGCAUGCCUGUUCUUGAGGACCAGCUGACGCCCUUCUCCAGGACCUACCUGGCCUUCACCGACCCGGACAGCAACGACCGCAACAUCAUCUACAACAUCACCACGCCCCUCGGCCAAGGGGACGGGAACAUCGUCAACAUGGAUGCACCCUUCCUACCAAUCACCAUCUUCACUCAGGCCGACAUCAACGCCAGGAGGAUCCUCUACCGUCCGUCCGUUCUUGAGGUGGGCCAUCUUACCAGGAAUGUGACCUUCGAGUUCUCGGGUGAGUUUCUUAAACUAGUGGAUGUUAUCGUGUUACCAGUUAUUAAUAUGCAGAGGAGGGUUGGAGAAUCUGGUACUGACAGAAAAUAUGACAUGAAUUUUCUUUUCUAUUAUAAUCCAGUGACCGAUGGGUUAGAUGCUUCAGCCAACACACUGGGGCCCUUCCCUUUCACCAUCAGCCUCCUCCCGAGAGACAACGCCCCGCCCAUCUUCCGCGACGCCAACCCUUUCUUCCAGGUGAACCGGGGCGGGAUCGUAUCCGUCAGGGAGUAUCUUGCUGACAUCGCGGACCUGGAUACCGUCCUGUCGCAGCUGGUCUACAGGGUGGAGCAGGCACCCAGGCACGGGACGCUCUUCCAGAGCGGGUUCAGCUCUAUCAACAUGGAAACUGGCAACACCUUCACCUACGACCAGCUCAUCCAGGACACCCUCCACUACAUCCACGACGACUCGGCCACCGAUCAGGACACCUUCGAGAUCACGGUGACGGACGGCAGCCACAGCGCCACCCUCACCGGCACCGUCAUCAUCUCCUUCUCUGACACCACCAACCCCUUCGUCAGCCGGACCGCAUCCCUCUCCCUCUACCUCCCGGAGAACAGCGAAGUCACCGUAACCCAUGACAACCUGGCCUUCGAGGACGAUGACACGCCUGCCGAUGGCAUCACCAUCGAGCUGAGGACGGAGCCCCAUAACGGGCGUCUGCAGAGGAAAGUUGUGGGGGAUGUGUACGAAGAUCUCCAUGUCGGGUCUACUUUUACCCAGACUGAUAUCAACUCCUAUUCAAUAAGAUAUGUCUCUGAAGGAGAGAUCGGUAGCCAGCCCAUCAGUGAGGUCAUCAUGAUCAACAUCAGUGACGUCAGCGGUAACUCCCUGCAGGGCCAGACCUUCACCGUCACCAUCACCCCCGUCAAUGACCUCGCCCCUCUGGUCUCCCUCCCCACCCAGCUCCAGGUGACGGAGGGAGGCAGGGAGGCCAUCAGCAACCUCCACCUCAGCACCACGGACCUGGAUACCCGCGUCACUCAGCUCUCCAUCGUCAUGGAUACGCUACCAAACUUUGGCUACGUGGAGAAUAUCAGAGCCGGUGCUGGAUCGGAGCAGUCCAAUGCCGGUAUCCCCAUCACAAGUUUCCGGGUCCAAGAUAUCCUGGAUGGUGUCAUCUUCUACGUCAACAACAUACAUCGCAACAUUGAACCUGUUCACGAUGGGUUCCUCUUUCACGUGACCGAUGGAGAGAACGAGUCCCCACAGAUGAGAUUCAAUAUUACAAUCCAGCUUGUGAAUGACGAGGAGCCGGUGAUCAUCACCGAGCAGGCCUUCGUGCCCGAAGGUGAAGGCGUCAUCAUUGCCAAUGUGACCCUCUACGCUCGGGACCUGGACACGCCCACGGAGGACCUUCUCUUUGAGAUCGUGACUUACCCUCAGCACGGUAACCUCAGACGCAGGGACUUCCUAGAGGAUCCUAUCUACGCUGGCAAGAUCUUGGGUGUAGGAGAUACGUUCACCUAUGAGGAUGUCUUGCAAGAGCUGAUCAUCUAUGUCCAUGACGGCUCGGACGUCAACUCUGAUACCUUCAGGAUGUCACUGACCGAUGGACUCUACACGGCUCAGGAAGAUAUCCAUGUCAUCAUCGGCCUGGUCAACGACGAGACACCAAGGCUGGCUACCAACACCGGCCUCAGGGUCCAGAUAGGUUCAACCACCACCAUCACUCCGGACUCCCUGCGAGCCUCGGACAUAGAUUCAGAAGAUGCCCAGCUUCUAUUCACUGUUGCUGCUGACCCCAACGUCGGUCAGCUACGCUUCGUGACCCCUAGCAAGGAGUUUGACAUCAGCAGUACAUCUCAGAAGAACAGCUUCAGGCAAAAUGACAUCAAUAAUGGUUACAUUGAGUACACUCAUGACCUAAGUGAACCGGCUGGGACAGUAGUCAUCAAGUUCACUAUCAGUGAUCAAGAGGGCAAUGACCUCAUCGACCAAUCUUUCAUCAUCACCGUACUAGAGGAUCGCAUCCCGCCCCGCAUCCUCGCCAACCAGCCUCUCACCGUCCAGGAGGGUGCCUCGCGUACCAUCAACACGGCAACCCUCUCCGCCACUGACGACGACAGCAUCCCAGGUAACCUGAUGUACUACGUGACAGCCGGGCCCAACUACGGCCGGGUGGAGCACUCGGACUUCCCUGGAUCGGGCGUGUCCCAGUUCUCCCAGGCGGACCUGGCGGCAGGAGCCAUCAGCUAUGUCCAUACCAGUCCUGAUGAGAACAUGAUGGAUAGUUUUACGUUCACUGUGGAUGAUGGGACUAACCAGGUGACGCAAACAUUCUACAUCAACAUCAGCCCGGUGGAUGACUCUCUUCCAUUGGUGUCCAACCUUGGGAUGCGGGUCCAGGAGGGAGUAAGGAAGACCAUCACUGAGUUUGAGCUAAAAGCCAUCGAUCUAGACACUGCUGAGGAUCACAUCAUGUUCACCGUAUUCACCCAGCCUACCCACGGCACGGUGGACUUCACCCUGGACAAUGUGCGCUACGCCCCGACCCUGACCUUCUCCAUGGCCGACAUCUACGAGAACCGCAUCAGUUACAAUCACGACGGGACCAACACGCUCUCGGACCAGUUCCAGUUCAUGGUCUCGGACGGGACCAACCCCAUGUUUGUCGUUGAGAAGGGAUUGGAGCUUCAGACAACCUCUGCUCCACAGGUGUUUGACAUCACAGUGAUGCCAGUAGACGAUGGUACUCCAAGGAUAGUCACCAACAACGGUCUCUCCUACCUGGAGUAUGUGGAUGACAGGGCUAUGGGCGUGAUCACCAGCCGCACCCUACAGACGAUGGAUACGGACACGCCCGACCGGUCCCUGGUCUACACCGUCACCUCACCACCAAGGCAUGGGUACCUAGAGAGCACCCUGACGCCUAGGACACCUGUUGCUACGUUUACUCAAGAGGACAUCAACAACGGUCUGAUCCGCUACGUGCUGAGCCCGGGGUCGGAGGUCGAGACCAGCGACAGCUUCAUCUUCGACGUCUCAGACACGCAUCCCAACAUGGUGCUGGGCACGGUGUACAGGAUUCGCUGGUCCCUUAUCCACUUUGAGAAGUCCCAUUACAACGUGAGCGAGACGCAGGGGACCAUCAGCGUGACACUGAAGAGGACAGGCAAUGUCAAUCAGUAUGCCAUUGUCCUGUGCAGCACCGAGUCUGCUUCCGCCACCUCUUCCUCUCGCACCAACCCGCGCCAGGGCCAGAACGACUACGUGGAACACUCGGGCCAGGUCCAGUUUGAGGAGCGAGAGGAGACCAAGACCUGCACCAUCAUCAUCAACAAUGAUGCCAUCUUUGAGGGACCGGAAGAUUUCAUCGUGGUGCUCAGCACACCGGCCUAUGCGCUGCUGGGAGAACCAUCCAGAGCCAUUGUCUCAAUCAAUGAUAUUGAAGAUGAACCUAGUAUUGAGUUUGCAGAUCUUGAGUAUCAUGUCGAUGAAAGUGCUGGCUUCCUCUUCGCUCCAGUAGUAAGGAAAGGUGACUCGAGCACAUCGGUGUCGGCGAUCUGUUUCACCAUCCCUCGCACGGCGACAGGCAGCAGCCUGACUGGGCUAGAAUCAGGGUCUGAUUACAAGACUAGAGGCAUGGCCCUGCAGUACCAGGUAGUCUUCCCUCAAGGAGUCAACACUGCAUCAUGCGACAUCAAGAUCAUUGAUGAUUCUUUGUUUGAGGAGCAGGAGGAGUUUGAGAUAGCCUUGUCUAUGCCUUCCUUCCACACAAGGAUAGGAAGCAAGGCAAGAGCUAGCGUUAUCAUCGAUGGACCUAAUGAUGAAUCAACCAUCUUCUUCGGCCACUCCAACUAUGUAUUUGGAGAGAACGCUGGGACGGUGGAGAUCGAGGUCUAUCGCCAUGGCAGCGACCUUUCGUACACCUCCAUGGUCUGGUGCGCACCCAAGUCCACCUUCCCUCAGUCGGCCUCGCCGGGAGAAGACUUCGUCCCUAACGCCAAUAUGCUGACCUUUAACCCCCAGCAGACAGUGGAGGUUUGUCGUAUCACGAUCGUGGAUGACUCUGCUAGCCCUCAUCUGGAAGGCAACGAGACAUUCAUUGUCUUCCUGAGCUCUGCGAUGAGCUCAGGACUAGGAACGCCUUCAGAGGCCAUUGUAGUCAUCAAUGACACUGCCGAUGAUGUACCCACAAUGCAGUUCCUGACCACCAAGGUCACCGUGCAAGAGAAGUUGGGUGUGGUCCAUGUACCUGUGAUCAGGACCGGUGAUCUAUCGUACGAAUCAUCGGUGAGAUGCUUCACCCGUCAGAAGACAGCUCAGGUCAUGAUGGAUUAUGACGAGAGACUCAAUACGGAUGAUUUCAGAAUCGUCUUUGCUCCAGGAGAAAAGAUCAAGAACUGCACUGUACGAUUGGUAGAAGACAGUACGUAUGAACCAGACGAGACGUUUAUUGUCAAGCUGACGAUGCCGUACGGAAGUGAUAUCUGCGACGCGAGAAUAGGAGAGAACAAAACUUCCCUUAUUACAGUGACGGAUAGUGAAGAUGCACCUACACUCCAGUUUGAGCGGAUGGCGUACAGUGUCAGAGAGCCGAGCGGUCAAGACUCCACGAACUAUGUGGACAUCAGGGUGAUCCGGACAGGAGAUCAUAAUCGGACGUCCAGCGUGAGGUGUAGCACCAGGGACGGGUCAGCCAAGUCAGGAGUGGACUAUGAACCUUACUCUAAGAUCCUACGAUUUGAGCCAGCUGUUCAGUCGAUUGACAUCCAGGUCGAGAUCUUAUACAAUGGAGACAUGGAGUGGCAUGAGACCUUCUCCAUCAUCCUGGGACCCACAGGCCCGGAGAAUGCUUUGCUGGGCCCUGUUUCCACGGCAACGGUCACAGUGAUCGACGAGGAGGCGGCCGGUAGUGUUGUGCUCCCUGCACCACCAGUGGUUGUAUCGCUGAUGGACUAUGACAAUAUCGGUUCAGCUCUGGACAUUGAUCCUUCGCCUGGCUAUCCACUCGUCUGCUGCACACCAUGUGAUCCGCACUUCCCGGAGUACUCCAUGACGCGUUCCAUGUGUCUGGAUUCCGGCAUCAACAUCUCCAGCAUCCGCUACAACUGGGAGGUCUCCACACCCAUGGACAACGACGGGACCCGCACCCCAUUCGAGCGCAUCGUAGACACGACGCCCUUCUCAAGCUCAAACCACAAAGUCCUGGACAGCAUCUACUUCAGCCGACGCUUCCAGGUCCGUUGCGUCUCUCAGCCCUACGACAUGAGAGGGCGCCCUGGCGUGCCGCUCCGCAGCAACAUAGUGACCAUCGGGACGGAGAACGGCAUCUGCCACACCCCCGUCACGGCCGGCGUCUCGCGGGGACUCCAGGCGCAGUCGUUCAUCGCCAACCUGCAGUACAUUGGACCCUCGGAAGAGGAGCAUCCAAACUCCCUGCACGUCUCGGUUGAAGUUCCCCACCAGGACGGCAUGUUACCCAUCGUCUCCACCAUCGCUAUCCACAACAUCCGCCUCCUUCUGACUGAGCCUGUCUACCGCUCCGCCCACAUCUGCUCCAACCUCAUCAACACCGAGCAUGGCAACAGCCUCCAGGAGUACUCCUUCCUGGACCAGGUCGACUAUGACAACAUGGUGAUGGGUCCAGGGUACGACUACCCCUACCAGUUCGACCCCAACGUCCGAGAGGAACGCACCCUACAGCUCUACAAGAACCUGAACCUUAAGAGCUGUACCUGGCAGUUUGAUGCCUACUAUCACAUGACUGAGCUCAUCGACCUGUGUGGGGGCGCUGUUAGCUCGGACUUUGAGGUCAGGGACGGGGAUAAGAGUUUCUUGACAGUGACUGUUCCUCUUUACGUCUCCUACAUCUAUGUGAUGGCUCCUACAGGAUGGGCUUCACUGGACCAUAGGACAGAGAUGGAGUUUUCAUUCUUCUACAGUACAAUUCUUUGGCGUACUGGUCUGGAAACAGAGAGCGUACUGAGUGGUAGACUGCAGGUCUUAAGGAUAUGGAUUGGAGAUGGCGGCAACCUGGUCAUCGACUUCAAAACCACAACAAAAUUUAGAGGUCUAUUUGUUGUCAACCACCAUACCCUUGAGAACUACAAGUCUCGUGUAGUCCCACCCUUAGAGCUUGGUGUGGCCUUUGACUUGGAGCUCCUUUGGAGCGAAGGAACCUUUGACAGUCCACAGCAGCUAUGGAGAGCCACAAGCUCCUACAACAGAAAGGAUUAUUCAGGGGAUUACAUCAUAGAGUUGAUUCCAUGCACAGUGACACCUACCCAGUCAUACCAUGUAGCUCCUGAUAUGCCUAUCGUCUGCACUGGGCACCCACCUGAGAAGUUCGUUGUGCCAAUAGCCUUCCAGCAGACGAAUCGACCGGUACCGGUUGUCUAUUCUCUAAACACCGAGUUUCAUCUGAUGAAUAAUGAGAAGGUUUUCAUGAUGAAUCCUGUCGAGGCUUCCAUGACACUGGGGGAGAUGGAUUAUAAAGGAGCAUUUUCAAAAGGACAAACCAUUUUUGGUAGGGUCCUGUGGAACCCGGACCAGGAUCUGGACCGGGCCUACAAGCUCCAGAUCCAGAAACUCUUCAUCUGUACCGGCAAUGACGGCCAUGUGCCGUACUACGACCCAUCUGGAACGGUCUACGAAGAGGGACCACAGUUUGGUUGUAUGCAGGACAACAUUCACCUUCGAGAAAGGUUCUUGCUCCUGGAUCGCGGGAACCCGGACGCAGUCCAUCCCGACUUCAACGAUGUGCCGUUCGAUGCCAAGUUUGCAGGAAACUCUUUAUCCUAUGAAGUCGUAAGCCAGAUGCCUGGAGUGGACGGGUUUACUAUGAACGUGGAUCCAUUGUACAAGGUCAACUCUGGACACCAGUGGUACAUGCAAGUCGUCUACACCAUAGGACCCACUGAUGGACCGGCCCGAUACAAACGCUCCGCGAUGGGUGCCAUUAACAAACGUGCUGCUGGCAACAAGACGCCCAACGGAACCAACAUGCAUCCUCUCUUACUCAGCAAAGAAGACCUCGUAGUUCAACCAAAUCAGGGUAUCGAUUCAAACAUUACAACCAUUGCAUCAGUAUUAGUGGCUAUUGUUCUUGUAAUAUUCAUCAUUAUACUUUUCAUCAGUAGGAGGAGAAGAGAACGGAGAAGAAGGAGAGAGGAGGUAAAGACAGAGCCGGUCCCGAACAAUCGAGACCGAGCCGCGUCUAGAGCGAGCCUGGCGUCGGUCAAAGCGGCUUAUCCGAAGCUGGACGAUGAAGAAAUGGAAAUGGAAAUGGACAUUCAAAAGUCGGUCAAAGUCAGCACUCUAAAUCUUUACAAGCCUGACAACUUAUAUAGGUCACAGGCCAAAGUUAAAAAGGUCAAUUUAGAGGCCAAAUAUCAAGGUCAAAAUAGCGGCGAGGGGGGAACAGAAGUUUGACCCCUGUCAUAAUAAUAUAUGGUUGUUUUUCUUUUUGUUUGAUUUAGAUUGUUGAAAUAUUUAGCGAAGUUAUUUAAUAUUAUUAGCAUUCUAUACAUUACUGCCAAACUUGUCCAAGUCAUUUGUUAAUGUUUACAAUUCUGUUUUCAAGAUUAGUUUGAUAAUCCUACAUACAAAUGUAGGGGAAAAAAGAUAAGUGAAUAGAACGCUAGGGAUGGAUUAACGAAAAUCUAGUUCAGUUUGAGGUUAUUUUUUAAAUAGUUUAUUUCUCUUUGAAGUUAUAGAAUUUUGUGUUAAAUGCUCGAUUGAUUUCUUAUGUUUUCUACCUCUUGCUGUGUAUGAGAUAUUUGUGCUGCAGACACGGUAACAGUAUGGAUAUAAAACUUUUUUCGGAUUGAAAAUACGCUCCGGAAGAUAUUCCUUAACUCUGUGAAUCUACAAAGGUUGCCUCAUUCCAUACAGCCAAACCGCUAACUUCUAUUACAGCAGGUCCCUCUGUUGCUACAGCAAGAGACCGCUUUAAUUAUUUACAAAGACUUUCAUAACUUUGAGAUUAUAAUUCAUUUGUUCUCAAGCAUAAAUGGUACAGUGACCAAUGCAAUGAUGAUAACUGUUCUUCUUUGAUUUAAACAUAUCGAACAAAAUCCACAGGUAUAUUUGUUAUAAUCUUCUUGCAUCUACAGAGGAUGUUAUUAUUCAAAUCAUGCUGCAGAUCGAUGUGUCUUUGAUGAGAACCAGUAAUCUCUCUACACCUGUAUUUGUUUAAUUAGUAUGUCUUCCGAUCAAUCAUUAUUCAAGAUAUGGGAGCCUUCUUGUCACUCACAAACUAAGUAAGCGUUUUUUGAUCGUGAGAUGGAAGAAAUUUAUCGCUUGCUAUUUUUUAAAUCUAAUUUCUCAUGCUUGACAAUGAAUUGUUUGUAUAGUACCUCUAUUCUUGUAGAUCAAUUAAUAUAUAGAGCGGAUUAUCUAUAUGUUGCGAUAUAUCUAUUAGGUGUAAAUGUUUUGCUUCGAGAUAUUUUCUGAAUUGUUGUGUUCGUAUGACUUGAACAUGCUACGAAUGUAUUUAAUAUUGAUAAACGUGGCCUUGUUUUUGCAGUUUUUUAUCUUGUUUUUGUCGUAAAGCAAGACUGAUUUUUUGAUGGUGCUAUGCGAAUCAGCAAAAUGGGUGCUUGAUCUUGUAAAUAUCAUGUUCAUUUUUUAUGUAUGUAGUUCUGUGAGAUACCGAGAUUAAGUUAUUCAAUAGCUGUAUAAGAUAUUAGUCGUACUGUGGUGUAAAAAACUAUGUACAAUUGCUUUUAGAUGUCAAGCAGCAUAAAGAGGCGUUUGCUAUUCAAAAUGACUGCAGUAAAUAUAUAUAUAUGUUUGAUACUAAGUUUGUUUAUGUUUACUUUUUUGUAUGAUUUCUUUCCAACUUUCUACAAGCUUUUUAUCAGUCUUUUAUGGACCUUGAAAUCGUGUAUGAUGAAUUCUGCAUUUCAAAUGUUUAUGGUGCUUCAAUUGAAAAUACGAAAUUGUUUUGUCAGGAAAAAAACCUAUGCAUUUUAAAGUUUUGUAGCUCUCGCAGAAGCCGCAGAUGCAAUAUAUUUCCUUGAAUUCAAAUGGUUCUAUAGGGUUAAGUUUUAAUAUUAAUGAUGCGUAAAUGUAUUCAUUUAAUGUGGUAAUACAGUGUAUAUCAACAUACCGUUUUCCCCCCUUUUUUUUGUUGGUGUUGCAAUCCGUAAAAUUAUUUUUCCUUUUUCCCCUUCCCAAUCAAACAAAGAACUUUUUUGUUUUUUUGUUGUUGGUGACAUACCGGUACCAUUAUUUUCACAUUUCUUUCCCACCUAUAGAGUUCGGUGUACCUUUUUUCUACACAGGUUUUAACCAUCCCUUAUCCUCUUAUCCCCUUAUUCCCACUUUGUAAAAUAUUUAUCAGUACUUUAAUAUCCCCCAUGCACUGACUUUGGUUCAAAUCCUUUUUUUUUUUUAAAGCAUGAACUACUAGAUGAUUCUAGUAUAGACCUUUUAAAGUUGUCACCUUCCCAUUCAUUAUGAUUUAUUAGAAGAGGAUGAAAAAUUAAAUCAGAAUGAAACUGGAUUCUAGUAAUCUAAUCCUAACCCGUAGAAUUCGUUGUGUAUUGACAUUAUCUGAAAUAGAGGUGUAUGAUUUUGUGAUUUAAUUAUUUUGUUCAAUUUUGAUUUAUAUAGCAAUAUUAUGAUAAAGACAUAACAUCAAACUUUAUAUAGUGGUGGUACAGUCUAAUAGAAUAUAACAAUUUAUAACUUUUUGUAACCCCUUCUGAUACCUAUUUAUGUACAGCAAAUUAAUAAAAAUUUCUCCUUAAAGGCAGUGAGUCCCUUUUGCAGACUUGUGCAAACUUCAUGAAACUUGGCGAGUGUUUAAAAGAUAUCCUUCCGAUAUCUUGUUUGAAAUUUUUCAUUCAUAGGUUCUGAAAAUACUUCAUAAGAAAUUUAGUGCUGUUUUGUUCAUGUUGCCGUAGAGGAAGGUAUUCUCAAAUCAACAGAUAAAAUGGUCGAAAUUAAUUAUGAAUUACGUACAAAUACAUUCUUUGAGACUAGAAAAUAAAUAUCUGGAAUUAAACACUCAAGAUAUAUUUGUGGAAAGUCAGUUUCCGUAGUUUUUUAAAAACAUUUGAUAGGAGGUUCCUGAUAACAGACCUCUUCAAUACACUACUGGAUUCACGCAACUUCAGGUUUUUAGGUCUGCAAAAGGGACAAACCAUCUUCAAGAUUUAAUCUAUUUUAAUAUUAUCCUUUUCAAAUUCUCUAAUUCAUUCUAUUAUUUAUUAUCAUUGCAUCAAAAAAUUUCUUUUGCAAGUUAUAGCAAAGAGUUUUCUGUGGUAUUUUUAUGAUUAUUUUUAUGAUUAUUUGAUAUGUUUUUAAGCGAGGCAGGUGGCCUUUAAUUUCUCUUUCAAAAUCUAUUUGUCUUUAAGGGAAACUCAUGAACAUCAAAUGUUCUAACAGGUUUAUUGAUCCUUUAUCACCAAACCCACUUUAGUUCUUUAUCAACUCUUGCACAAUUCAGAAUGGCUGCUUGUUAUUAUAUAUUUCUUUUGAAUCUAUCACAUUAGGAGAAAGUUAUAAUGAAGAAUUUAUUCCCAAAUUCAAUAACAUUUUAUAUUUUUGUGCUUGUUUUUGUAAUUCUUACAAGUACAUUCAUGUUUAACGAUCUCAGGUACCAGAUUUGAUGCAUUUUUGGUUUUUGUUAUCUAGCUUGCAAGUAAAUGCUCUAUUUUCAUUAGUGAGAGGCCCUUUCUUAAAACGGCUGUAAGUAUAACCUUUUUGACAUUGCAUUGAAACAUGAAAUAUAGAAUCAACAUGUUUUAAUGAGAUGUCCACAAAUUUAAGACUUAAGACAGUCGUGAGAAAAUGGCCUCUAAAGCUUGCUGAACAGCUCUUAGAUUCGGGAAGCUUGCUUUAUUAGAUUUAUGUCUUUUUAUUAGAUAUUAUGUUUGAUUUUAUCCGCAUGUGCCGUCUUCAUCUCAUUCUCUGGCUGUACAUGCAUCCCCCAUCUUUGAAUUUUCUUUUUUUGUGUGGGAAUAUUUGAGAUCAACAUAUCUUUUAUGAAAGACCCUUCUCCUUUUCAGAGUACAUGUCUAUAGUUGAGUUCAUGCUUAUAGAAUUUGAAAAAUGGGUAUUUUGACAACACUUUUAUGGUAUGUAUACAUGUUAACAUAGGAUAUGCCCCAGUGCAACCUAAUAUUUUGAUGAAUUGUUUGUUAUUGUCUUAUUAGUGAUUUAUCUGUAUUCAAUUCAAUCUAUUUAUAAGCAUUUUGUAACCCUAUGGAGUUUUCAAUGACCACAUACAAUGACUUGAAUCGUUAUAUUUGUAACAACUAUGACUGUCUUUUGAAGUUUUUAGGCUGAAUAUGUAAAUAACCAUCAUUUUUAUGAUAAAAUUGUGAGAGAUUACAUUUUUCGCAAUCAUGUAUGGAUAUCGAAAUUCUUCAGAAUUUUCAGUAGGAAACAAUAUUAUUGAUGGAUUCCUACCGCGCGAUUUCUAAAAUGAAAGUUGUCGACAAAACUACAUCUAAAACACAAAUGUUAUUUUUAUAAAAAAUAAUAUUGACGAGUUUUUAUAGAUCUUUUAAAAAAUGGCUCAUUGAUCAUGUGAUAAAUAUUUUUUACUACCUUUGUGGGCCUCCGUUUUACUCAAGCCUACUGUAUUUGCCAUUUGUGGUGUAGUCAUAUUUGAAUAAAAAAGGGUUAUCUGAGGAUCGAAUCGAAAAA